CCAAGCGAUGGAUUCCAGCUAACUAUCAUAUUUCUUCAGCAUCCUGCUAACUAUCCUCAAGAUAAUACUGUCAGAGUCUCCGCCAUGGAUUCCAGCUCCGCAGAAGUAGCCCACGACUUCUCCCCUAUGCUCAAAGUCUAUAAAGAUGGUCGCGUUGAGAGACUCUUAGGCUCCGACUUCGUUCCUCCAUCCCUCGACGACCCUAACACUAACGUCCGGUCCCACGACGUUGUCAUCUCCCAGGAAACCCCCAUUUCGGCCAGGUUCUUCGCUCCCAAAAUCAUCGAUCCCAGCCACAAGCUUCCUCUCCUCGUCUACUUCCAUGGCGGAGGCUAUGUCAUCGGAACUCCCUUCAACUCAGCGUACCACAACUACCUCAACUCCGUCGUGUCCACGGCCAACGUUGUCGCCGUCUCCGUUGAUUACAGAUUGGCUCCAGAACACCCCGUUCCGGCUGCCUUCGAAGACUCCUGGGCGUCUCUCAAAUGGGUCGCUUCCCAUGCCGGCGGGAACGGAUCCGAGGACCUACUCAACCGUCAGGUGGAUUUCAAGAGAGUAUUCUUCGCCGGAGACAGCGCCGGAGCGACCAUCUCACACCACAUGGCGAUCCGCGUCGGCACGGAAGGAUUACCGGGUUUGAAUCUGGAAGGGAUCGUUCUGGUCCAUCCGUACUUCUGGGGAGUGGAGCCAAGAGGGUCGGAGAAGACAGGAGCGAGGGAGAGAUCCUUCUUGGAUAAUCUGUGGCGUUUCGCGUGCCCGACGACGGAAGGAUCGGACGACACCAUGUUGAACCCUGCGAAGGAUCCGAAGGUGGGAAGCUUGGGUUGCAGAAAGAUAAUGGUUUGUGUUGCAGAGAAGGAUAUGUUGAAGGAGAGAGGAUGGUACUACAAGGAAGUUGUGGAGAGGAGCGGGUGGAAGGGAGUGGUGGAUGUAAUGGAAGCAAAGGACGAGAACCAUGUGUUUCAUCUCUACAAUCCGACCUGCGACAAUGCCGUGGCCAUGCUCAACUCUAUUGUCUCUUUCAUCAAUCAGGGCUAAGAAUGAUCAUCGUGUGGUUUCUAGUUUCUGUGUUUUAACUUUGACGGAAGAUCGAUAAAGAUCAAACUUAGAAUAAGAUCGACAGCUUCUGAUGAUGAUCUCAUCUGUGUUGUCGUCAAUAUUAUUAGCAGCGGUAGCUAGUGGUUGUAAGUUGCGUAAGUCAUCAUUUAAUGGUAUUAAUGGUAUGAUCAGCCAGUGGGAUAACAUGUUCAGUUCCGGCGGUUAAUG